AUGGAUGCAGAUGAUCCAUGUGGGCCAACUCCCAUGGAACCGGAUUAUGUCCUCGACCCGCGCGGCGAAGUCAUUCUCGUCGUCCAGAGACCGAACGCCCCGUUCGCUAUAUGGAACCAGUUCCUUCCUCCUCCAACACCUCCUGAUGCCCAACAACCUUUGGCGAUGAUGGGAACGAGAGGGAUGAAUAUCAGAGACGCUACUGGGCUGGCAUCAACAUUGGAAGCUGAGGAUGGGCUUGAUAAUGACGACGACGACGAAAACGAUGAUGAUACAAACAUAGCAUACCCUAAUGGAUCAGCAUUCGUGCACGACGGCGAGGAACUCGAAAUCGAAACAAGCGUCGACGGUGCUGACGGGUCAGAAUCUACAAGCGAUGCUGAGUAUGUAGAUGAAAUGAGCGCCGAAGAUUUUACUGAGCCAGCGCUCAACCAUGGCGCGGAGGAAGACGAUUCCAGGACUUGCAUCCUAAUCCCUAACCAGCCAGGAUCGCCAGACCACGACAAAGAGGCCGAUUCGCACGUCCAGAUCCAGGUCUCUGCCAGGCACCUCGCGCUCGGCUCGCCAGUCUUUGACAGAAUGCUCCACGGCAGUUGGAAAGAAGGCCGGGAAUUCAAAGAAAAGGGCUCCAUCGUUCUGGUCGUUGACAACUGGGAUGUCGAUGCGUUUCUAGUGGUCCUUAACAUCUUGCAUUCCCAGCUGCUGAAACUGCCUCGGAAGUGUGCGGUUCUUUGGCAGCUUAUGGGUCCGAUGCCUUCCAAAAAAGCCUCCGGCGUCGCCUUUUCGUUUUAG